GGUUACAUAAUAUGAAUCGUUCCAUCGUGUUUUCACUCUAAUAACAUCUUCCAUUGCAAAAUUUAUAAGAUAAUGUCUAACGUUCGUCCAUGGUUCCGUCUCUCUAGCAUCGCUAGGCCUACAUCACAAGCCUCAAGCGACCCACCUCCUCCUCCUCAACCCCGACAAACCACUCGCCGUCCGGUCGUGGUCAGAACGCCGGCAAGACAACCGUCACCUCCACGUCAGCAACAACCUCCUUCUCCUCCACGUCAGCGUCCUCCCCCUCCACGUCAGCAAACACCUCCUUCACCUCCACGUCAGCGUACUUCCCUUCCACGUCAGCGAACACCUCCACCUCCACCUCCUCAAGAGCGGUCUCCAUAUCAUUCACCGCCGAGCCGCCACAUGUCACCACCGACCCCACCAAAGGCUGCGUCUCCAUCGCCGCCACCACCACCACCCAGGUGGUCAUACACGCCGCCGCCACCAUCUCUCAAAGAGGUUCAAGAAGCCUUACCACCGCGAAAGCCAACUUCACCACCGAGUCCAGCUCAUUCGACUCGGUCAGUAAAACCUGAAUCAGAGACUUCUCGGAAAGCGCCAUCACCGAGAGUACUCUCUCCUUACUCUCUCCCACCUCCUCAGUUACAUUCCGAACGUGAAACAACUCAGAAAAACAUUCUCACAGCCGAGAAAACAAACCAACUCCAAGAACCAAACCAUCAUAACCACAACCCUAAUCAUAAUCAUCAAGGCAACAACACCAAGAAGACUCCACGUCAGCCAUCUUAUUCCGAAUCCGAAAACAUAAUGCGCUCUCGAGUCAUCACCGUUGCAGGUGAAAACAAAGGUGCUGUAAUGGAGAUCCUACGUUCUCCUUCAGAUAACAAAACCGGGGGAGCAGGAACACAUCCCUCUACGGGUUUUCACGGCACUGGAGAGAAGGGACGGCGACUUCAGAGCAGCAGCAGCAGCGGCAGUGAUGAAGGAGAAGGGAAGAAGAAAGCGACGAAGAACCAUAAUGCUAAUAAUAGUAAUCUUCCGAUGAAAGCAUUUAUAAACAGUAACGUCCAGAUGAUUAACAGCUCUAUCGUUUACAACUCGACGGCGACUCAUCACGAUCCUGGCGUUCAUCUUAAAAUCUCUAGGAAACCUGACUCCGGCAAUGGUUUCCACGUCAAGGACUACACGUACGGUAAAAAUGGCGGUGGAUACACCAACUAAUAAACUAAAAGAUAUCUCUGGAAAAAAAAAAUGCUCAAGGUUUUGUGUUUACAUUGUAAUAAAAUUCAAUUUGAUUAAAUAAAAAUAAAGAAUAAGAAAAUAUAAGUGGGGUUAGUGGUUUCUGAUUCUUCUCUAAGCUUUUGGAAACCCCUCUUACUUAUAUGGAGGCUUUGAUUCGUUUUAUUGAAACGUUUUUCUUUUUUACUUGUAAACGGUUCUCUCUGACAUGAUCAAUGAGAUAUCGAUUUUAUUAAGAUAAAAAUGAUGAAACUGUUU